CUGGACUCAGGAGAAUCAUAGCACCUUCUUGAAACCUGCAGUCUCUUUCUCACCUGGAAGAAGAAUCCUAGAAGGUUCACAAAAUGUGUGAUGCAUUUGUAGGUACCUGGAAACUGGUCUCCAGUGAAAACUUCGAUGAGUACAUGAAAGAAGUCGGAGUGGGCUUUGCCACCAGGAAAGUGGCUGGAAUGGCCAAGCCCAACAUGAUCAUCAGCGUGAAUGGAGAUGUGAUCACCAUUAGAUCAGAAAGUACCUUCAAAAACACAGAGAUUUCCUUCAAACUGAACCAGGAAUUUGAUGAAGUCACUGCAGAUGACAGGAAAGUCAAGAGCAUCAUAACUUUAGAUGGAGGUGUUCUGGUACAGGUGCAGAAGUGGGAUGGAAAGUCAACCACCAUAAAGAGAAAACGAGAGGAUGAUAAACUGGUGGUGGAAUGUGUGAUGAAAGGUGUCACUUCUACCAGAGUUUAUGAGAAAGUCUAAGCCAAGGGACACAAACCUGGACUAAAGCUUGCAUCGGACACAGCAACACUCUAUUGGACAUUGGGUUCAAAAAAGAUAUUAUUGUUUUCCACUAUUUGACAUGCAAUUAAUUUUUCCCUAAGCUGGAUUUUAUUGACUGUGGUUGUGUUUGGUUAAAUAAAUAAACUUUUUAGAUUUAGAAA